AGCGACUUUAAGAAGCACCACAAGGACUACGACCAACACCACAAGCACCACAAGUCCCACAAAGAAGGCCAUCACAAAGGCGGAAAGCAUCAUUCUCACAAGCAUCACGACAAGCACGGCAAGAAAGGCCAUCAUAAGAAGGGUCACCAUCACCACCACGACAAGGGGCACAAGAAGCACUAUGGUGAUGAGGGUCACCACAAACAUCACAAGGCCUACGGUCACAAGAAAGGUCAUCACGAUCACCACGAGAGUCAUGACGAUCAUCAUUAGUGUGACGAUUUUUUACAUGUUUUCUGCGAGCUCUUUUAUUUCGUCGCUUAUUCAUCUCUUUACCGCUUUUUUCCUUGUUCGUAAAAAUUUAAUUCGUGGAAAACUUUCGAUGAAAAUCAAAAUAAAGCAGGUUGGAAUAAUUGUGGCUACGAGUGCAGAAUUUUACGACAAAAUUUUCGAAACGCCAAAAAUUUCAAGAAUCGAACAACCUGCAGCAUUUACGACACUUAGCAGGUCACAAAAAAUAUUUAUCUUUUGCUGUGAUCGUUGCCAGAAAUAUCUCCCCAUGAAUGAAAAGAGCGUACGAAGAAAUAUGAAAAGCUUGAAGGAAUUUAGUUGUUUCAGCGAAAUUUGUAAAUGUUCCUUCCGUGUGCAGUUUGUGUUGAGUUGUUGACUAUGUAGCUGUUGCUGCUCUGACUUCGAUGCAAUAUUGUUUCUGUUAUUAUUUUUAUUGUAUCAAAUGUAUGAUAAAAAUGUAAAAAAUAUAUAAAAGACAUUGAAUACCAAACU